CAUCGCUCCAGCUUUACUUCAGUUCAAAUUUAUACUCGAUAGCGGUUGGAUAGCUCUUUCGACUUUCUGUGUACAAAAAUAUAUUUGUAUUUUAUACCUUUUUUUUAACUUGAAAAAAAUCAUCAAAUAGUUUCGUCGCGAUUUGUGCCAAGUUUUUCGUGCGGCUUACUAAUUUCCAGUGAUUUAAUUUAUGGAUCCCAAACGUGGUAAUGCCUCCGGGGCACGCCAAGGCGGUGGUGGUGGUGGCUAUCAUGCCUCCAAGACGAGCGUGGCUUCACGCCAUGGCGGCGGUGGAGGUGGAGUAGCCGUGGGACACAAGCAGGCCAGUCAGGUCAGUCUGACGCCCAGCCAGGGCCGGAAUCCAGAGAAUCCUCGCAAGAGUCCUUUGGACGCCCUAAGUCGUAGCGGCACCGUUCGCAAUCAGAAUCCAUUCCAGCGUCGUUCUGGCUUGCAGGAUGUGGAUGAGGCUUUCCUGGCUUCAAAUGCCUUUGCCCGGCCGCCCAGGGUUCGUCAUUCUGGCCUGGACAGGGAAAACAUGUCGCAGGCCGCUCCGGGAGGGGUACCUGCUGGACAGCAGGGCUCGGCUGCAGUGGCUCCUAUUCGCGUUGCCGGUGGCCAGGAUCCAAAUCAGCAGCAGCAGCAACAGCAGCCUCCUUGAUCGGAAGCGCAGCAAUGCCCGCCCGCGGCAAUGCCCUCGCAGCAACAAUUGCAACAGCAAUACAUGCAACCGGCUGCUGGGCAGCCCACUCGUCUGGAGCCAGCUCCUUCUGGACGGGCUCAUGUCCAUCAACAGCAGCAGCAGCAAAUGCAACAGCAGGCAGGUUACGAGCAACAGCAACAAGUAGCCCAACAAGCAGAUGCACAAAUGCAGAAUAAGUAUGCAACCCAGCAGCAACAUCAGUUGCAACCGCAACAUCAGAUGCCUCAGCACGGAUAUCCCUCGCAGCCAGCAGCUGCCGGUGCUCCACAAGCAACUCCACCAGCAGCCGGAGGAGUAGCGGCUCCAGGAGGAGGAGCCGGCGGCAAUGUGCCCAGGGAAAACGGUGGCGGAGCUGCAGCGCCACCGGAUGCCGAGAUGUGCACCACAUGCCCCAACUGCCAAACCACCAUUUACUUAGUGCGAACUCCGGAGCUUGGACAUGGAGAUGCCGGCUUACCUGUUCAGUAAAAUAUAAAAUCCAAGACCCAGUGAAAUGCACCAAAUUUCGAGUGCAUUACUCUUCUGUUUUGUUUUAAAGUAGCGACGACUAUUUAAAAAUGUUUUUAAGACAUAGUUAAACUACUAAAAUCUCCACCCUGAUAAAAUCGUGUAGUACAAUCAGUUUGUGGCCGAACAUAUUAAAUUGUACAAUUAAAAUAAUUAAAUUAAAAAGUUAUACUUUGGA